AUGAAGUUCUUCCUAGCUUGCCUCCUGUUCGCCGCCUGCUUGGCCCUCGGCCAGAGCAGCGCCAUCUAUGGCAGCAGCUACGCAACAGUUCCCAUUGUGCGCAGUGUGCCCGUCGUCCGCCAUGUGCCCGUUGUGCGCCAUGUGCCCGUCGUGGACUCCGUUGCCGUUCCCGUCGUCCACUCCGUCGUGCCAGUGCACCGUGCCGCCUACAUUUCAUCCCCAUCUGUGCUGCGUGUUGGACAUGCCUACGAUGCGCCCCUCGCCUACGGCGGCUGGCUGAAGGAGAAGAAGUAA